CAGGAGCAUCACCACAAUAAAGCCGAGCUGAGCGCUCCCGACUGCUGAAAACCUUUGCGCUCCAGUACCAGCAUAACACGCACUUCCACUGCCGCGUCUCUGCAUUUCACCGCUCCUUUUCGUGAAACCUCUUUUCGUUUUUUUUGUUUUGUUUUUUGCAGCUUGUUUCAGCUGCCACGUUCAUUUUCCCCUAUUGCCUCUUGGAUUACGCGUUGGCAUAUUUUACGUCGUUUUCCUUCGUUACGGUUUAUGUCCCCUAAGGUCGUCUAACACCUUCAACAAAACGAUUUGAAAAAAGUACGCUGAAGCUAUCGAGAAUUGUGCACGUAUAACAUGAAUGGCUUCGGAUUAGUCAAGUGACUCAUUUUCAUUUUAUUGGAGAAGCAAGUACUGAGAGAACUGGACUUAUUUAUGUCAGUACCGGCAUACACUGUCAUUUCGGUUUAGAAUUUUGCAGGACACUGGUUUAGCUGGUAUUUGCUGUGUCUCAAGUGCAGCAACAACAUCUAUAGUGGGAGCUUACAGCUGGCAAGAAACAGAGUGGAUUCUUUGAGACUUUGUUGAAUUUAUCGCACUUGCUCGCGGAUUUGCGCCUUACCGUGUAGUGGCUAUUUCGCCCGAUUGCCAGUAUGGAUUUUCCGUUGGCGUUUUUAUUCUGCUUCCUUGCUAUCCCUGUUUUUGGAGACAACACCAGCAGCAAACCACGGAGUUGCUCGGAUGUCAGGCAAUUCUACAGCGGCAAGGGCUUCAGCCUCAGCGGGGUCCCGCAGACAGAAAUAUCUGGUGAGCACUUGCGGGUGUGCUCUCAGGGCUAUACCUGCUGCACCAGUGACAUGGAGGACGGCCUGGCCAGCCUGAGCAAGCGCGAGUUUGAGGCGCUGGUGAAGGAGGCGGGUCGCUCCCUGCAGGCCUCUCUCAACAGCCAAUACAAGAAUUUUGAUGGCUAUUUCCUGGAGCUGCUGAACGGCUCGGAGCGCUCGGUGCAGUCCUUCCUGUCCGUCUACGGGUCGCUGUACUCCCAGAACGCGCACAUCUUCCAGGACCUGUACGGGGAGCUGCGGCGCUACCAGCGCGGCGCCAGCGUCAACCUGGAGGAGACCUUCAACGACCUGUGGGCGCGGCUGCUGGAGAGGGCCUUCAAGGCCUCCCACCCGCAGUACGUCAUCGGCGACGAGUACCUGGAGUGCGUGGCCAAGCAGGCCGAGACCCUGCGGCCCUUCGGCGACGUGCCCCGCGACCUGAAGCUCAAGGCCAGCCGCGCCAUCAUCGCCGCCCGCUCCUUCGUCCAGGGCCUGACCGUGGCCGGCGAGGUGGUGCGCAAGGUCUCCCAGGUCCCCCUCAGUCCGGAGUGUGUCCGGGCCAUCAUGAAGCUGAUGUAUUGCCCACACUGCCGCAUGAUGGCCUCCGUCAGGCCCUGCACCAACUACUGCAGGAACGUGAUGAAGGGCUGCCUGGCCAACCAGGCCGACCUGGACACAGAGUGGCAGAACCUGGUCGACGCCCUGCUGCAGGUGACGAGCCGCUUCGCGGGGGAGACCAGCGUGGACGUGCUCAUUAACUCCAUCCCCCUGCGCAUCUCAGAGGCCAUGCUCACCAUGCAGGAGAACAACGAGGUCUUCUCCAGCAAGGUGUUCCAGGCGUGUGGGUCCCCUCGGCUGGCCGCCACCCACAGCUCCAGGUCCGAGGAGCCCAGGAAGCGGGCGAACGCUGCCGCGGAUUCCAAACCCCACCUCACACUCACCGUCAGUGUCAAGCUGGAGAAACUGGUCUCUGACGUGACGAGCAAGCUGAGGGAGAUGCAGCAGUACUGGGUUCAGCUGCCCAACGCGCUCUGCAACGACAGAGUGACAGCUGGAGUGGCCAAUGAGGACAAGUGCUGGAAUGGAAUGGGCAGGGCCAGGUACCUUCCUGAGGUCAUGGGUGACGGCCUGGCCAGUCAGAUCAAUAACCCUGAGGUGGAGAUCGACAUCACCAAACCAGACAUGACCAUCCGCCAGCAGAUCAUGGCGCUCAAGAUCAUGACAAACCGCCUGAAUAGCGCCUUCAACGGCAACGAUGUGGACUUCCAGGACGCCACUGAUGACGUGAGUGGGUCGGGCAGUGGGAUGUGCUCAGAUGAGCUGUGUGCCCGCAGCCCUAGAGUCAUCGUGCCCAACACGGACCGGCCCAACGUGUACGCCUACCCCGCAGAAAACGAGAUGGUGCACUCCACGGGGAGCCGGAUCCACCCCCGCAUCGCCCUCCUCCUGCUCCCAUUGGCCACUCUGUCGCUCUGGCGAUAAUUGACAGGCCACGCCACCAAUCGGGACUGAAAUUUUUGGGAUAAGUGGGUCGCGGGCGGGGGGAAAGAAAAUAAAAAGAACGGGUGGUCUAGUAACUUCGCCAAAAAAAAAGAUGAACGUUAAUGACUGGGACUACCUUUUACCUUUGAGAAGAAGAAAAAAAAAAAGUAAUAUUUUUGUUUUGUUUGUUUUUUUAAUAUAUGGUAAGCUUUAGAGCUGGUCUUUGGCAUCUUUUUUCUGGUGUUUGGGUCUUUGAAAUGUCUGUACUUGAGAAAUGUUAAAAGAAAAGUGUAUAGACAAUGCAUACAGUAUGUGGACGAUGUGUGUCAGCACAGUGAAGACUGGCUUCCCGACUCUCUCCUGACAUCUAAAAUGGCGGCUGUGGCAUCUAAAAUUGUGGCUGUGGCAUCUCAUCUUAAUAUGACACAGUACUGUUGUGAGGGGAUUGUGACUGACUUGGGUUUUAGUAGUGCUGAGAAGCGGUGGGCAUCACCAUGAACCUCAGGACACAAUAUUAUCCUGACACUUGGGUCACAGCACACAGUAUAUUAUUGCGAUUCUUUGUGCUUUUGCGAUACGCCAAGCAUUGCGACCGUAUAAUGCGAUAUAUUGCUAUUUCUAUUCAUUUUUAUUAGUUUGAAGUCAUACGCCUAACCCAUGCCAAAACCCAUUACACCCCGUUAUAAAAAGUCUUGCAUUGGUUAAAGCAUUUACUUACACCUGAGCACAAUGCACAUAGCAGACCAUAAGAAAAUAAAAUAUUUAAGAACAUAGGCUCCCUUCAGCAGCUUAAAUUAGUUUCAAUGAAUAAAUGAUGUGCAAUUAAAUUUAGGGGGAAAAAACUGAAAUGAAAAGUGAAAAUGGUGAGGCUUUUCAGCCCCGCAGUGUCAGCAGUUCUAAAGGAGCAGCUGUUGUAGAUCAUCAGAUGCAGCUCCAGAUGGUGCGCACGCAACACGUAACAACACUCGUUUUACAUUGAAUAUCUUAGUUACACCAACGCUGACCAUGCUAAGCAGUUCGGUGUAAAUACGCACCACAUUUAUUCAAAUUAACAAGUGUUCACAGUGUCGUGCUGUGUUGUUAGCUUGGCUCCCAUCUCAUCAUACAUGUGCUCAAUUGAACAAAGACAGUUACGCUACUGAUUGCCACGACAGUAUAGCUGCUGUUUUGAAGCAAAUGGAGUAGAUGGCUAGCUAGCUGUCCACGAUGGAAAACAUACUGUGGGACCAUUUUGACCCAAGAUCAAAUAGAAUUUGAAUACCUAGUUACGCGAGUGACGGCAACUGGCAACUGGUGACGGCUGCGGGUAGUAUCUACGGUGUGGGUUAUUGUAAAGUAAUAUUUAUUACAAGAUGGCAGUGGUUUUUUUCCAGAUAUUAGUGUGACCCUCAUGUGUUGCCAGGGAAACGACACCUCUCUUGCUUUUCAUAAAAAAAAUACGAUUAUUAUUAUUAUUGUUUUUCACAAGUGACCAUGGUGUAAACAGGAUAGUCCAUGACAGACUGUUAUGUGAUUUAAUUGCACUCCAUAGAGGGUGAUUCUUCACCUCCAUGUUGUACCUUGAAAUCAUAACAUAAAAAUAAUAUGCACGAUGAAAUGUGUGUAUAUUUAGAUGAAAUAUUGAUACUUGGUGUCGCUAUAUCGAUGCUGUAUCGCAGAAGAAAGUAUCGCAAUACUGUGCUGUAUCGAUUUAUUCCCCCACCCCUAGUGCUGAGCCAAACUUUAGUUUUUCUGCUCAGUUAAAUGGGUUUGCAUAUUAUGUAUUUAUUAAAAAGGAAAAAAGAGCAAUGUUAUGAUAAGAGUGGGAAGGAAAGUAUAACUGAUAUAUUCUUUAUGGCUAUUGUCUGAACAGGCCCUUGGAAUAUGCAUUAACAAUGCAUCAGUGAGCAGAAAUUUCAUAAAAGAAACGUUUCAGAGACAAAACAUAUUACAAUGUGUUGCUCUUCACCAAAAAAAGAGAGAACGUAAUGGUGUCAUUUAGUGUGAGGCCGCAGACUGGGCCAGGCUAAAAUGGAUGAGUGGAGUGGUUGAAUGCUGGCUCAGACAAAGAGAAAAUGUCUGAUGGCCCUCUCUCUCUCUCUGUGUGGGUAAACCCAUUUUGCCUUGGACAGAGGGUUGAAAACCCAAAGUUUUUGCUCAGCUCUACCUGCCAGCGAUGGGGGAAAAAAAGGAGAGAAGGAUGUACUGAACUUUUUCAUUUGUUGGUUUUUAAAUGGACAGUGAGAUGCACAGAGAGAAAACUGAGGUUUCUUGGCCCAUGAGUGACCUAUGCGAUGGAGGGAGACCCAAAUACGUAACAUCAAAGAUCAUCCAAGAUUAACAACCCCAGCCAAUGCCAACCCAGAGUGAUGGAAGUGUACAGCUGAAAAGAGGAUGCUUCAGUGUGUGAUCUCAGACAGACAGUCAAAGUCAAAGCCCUACAUUAUAUAGCCUUUUAAAAAGAAUUAUGUACCUGCCUACAAUUUAUGCCUCCAUUUUGUACAGAUGUCUUAGUGACAUUAUGCGAUCUCUGAGAUGGCUGUCUCUAGCCUCCCGCUUGUGCGUUACCUUCCCAUAAUAUCGCUGUGACGAUGUAGCAAUACAAGGGCGCGGCCGUAACGUUAAGCAAACGAUAGGACGACAUUGUGAGAAUGAUGACCCAUGUCAGUGCUGUCCUGCCUUUGAGCGGUGGUGGGAAGACUAGACAGAGGCCAAGUUUUACCAUGCAAAAAAAAGUGCAAGUUUUGAAUUUGUCUAAGAGUUUUUUUGCGAUUUUUGGGUUUGUUUCUGCAAAGAAUCGAUGUGUUGAAGGACCUUGCCGGUCGCUGUAGUGGUGUCCCGUGUGUGACCGACGAAGAUGAGCUGAUUAAUUACAAACACGUAAAUGGGAAGGAGGAAAGGGGUAUAUCCCCAAUAUAAGUGCAACAGUAUAUACCCAUGAAUAACCUUUUAUGUACUGCGGUGUGUGUGUGUCUGUGUGGGUGUGUGUGUGUCUGCGUGUGUGUGUGUGUGUGUCUGUGUGUGUGUGUGUUUAUAUUUUUCAUAUGUAAGGCUCCUGAUUUGCACCAGUGGCUGACCGAACCACUUGAUUUCCCAUGGCGUACGUUCCAAAGGCAGAAAAAAGAAGGUUAAUUCAAUAGCGUUCUCGCUCUCUCUCCAGGGUUUCAGCAAUUGCCUGCAUUUGCACAGGUCCCCCUUCUCUGCCCUUGCCUCCCUACUACCCCUCCCGAUCCUUCAGCGUUACCAGGAUCAUAAUUAACCCCCCCAGUACCUUGGGGCAUCCCCCCCCCCCCCCCAAAGUCAAGUGCGCUCAUGAUUUAGGCACCCCCCCCCCCCCCCCUUAUCCUCAUACUAAUUUGCCACGCUGACUGCAGCUCUUUAUUGUUUUGAUACAGCUGUGUUUUUCUGGGUGUGUUUUUAAAUCCAUGAAUUGCCAUUCUGUUUUGCACAUAGAGGUCAACAUGGGGGGAAAUCAAUACAACAGAAAACACGGUAGAUUCCGGGAUUGAUUUGGAUAUUGAGACAGACGGACUGAUCGUUACGUAAUGAUUUUCUGGAACAAAAUAAAGAAAUAGAAAUAUCAGGGGCCCUAAAUAUGAGACAACGGUGUCAAGUGUUGAGUGCAACUGGCAUAAUGAAUAUGUGCCAAUUUUAGAAAACAUUUUUCAAUUUCUUUUUUUUUUUGUUGUUGUUGAAAUAAUUCACUUUGUUGGUUCUUUUUCCAUGGCUAUAGUAGAGCAACACAUGAAGCAGAAGAUGAAAUAUGUGUCAAUUUGCUGUUGUUUGUUCUUGGAUCGUUGUGUCGAUUAUAAACGUGAUGAGAUUUUGAAGAUGUUUGUGUAGCGCUCAUUCCAUCUCUUCACCCUGAUGAGUGACCUCUGAGCGGGGCUGCUGUGGCUCCUACGCACGGCUGUGAAUCUAUACACUAUCUUCACCCUCCUUGGGCCACGUGCCUGCUUCACCCUAACAUAGAGUAACAACGUAGGGCCAGCUUACCAAACACGCCCACAGACAUAGCCGAAGAAAACUUUGUACAUUGAGAGCCAGCCUUCCGUUACAACAAUAUGCCCCACAUUCUCCUUUUCCUGAAUGGUUUUCUGAAGACUUUACCACUUUAGCACAUUUAUACCAGAGGCCUUCUAAAGUCACAAAACCCUGGAACUCAGAGAGCUCACUUUUCAAUUACAGUUAUAGCUACAGCCGAUUCAGGGGAAAUGGGUGUUUCUUUAAAAAAAAAUCCCAUCAUCCCACGGCCAUUUAACGAUGUGAAGGAGUUUUUCUAUGGGGUUGACACCAUAAUCCCCGAGAGCUCUCAGCACUUCACAAUGCAGACACGCCACCCUUCCCUGGAAACAGUAUCGUGUCAUAGCCUCAUCUUCAAGUGUUGAGGUAUUCACAGUGUUUGUGUGCAGAAACUAAAUAUUCUGUCAGUGGGCUACAUACUAACAAGAAACGGUAUCUGACAUUUUGGAAUGGGCAUGUUAUACACUCUGACAUUAUCGGGUAGGUCUCGCUUGUUUGGGAUUGACCUGUGCCGUCCUGAUUCUGUCAGAACACAGCAGAAUGAAUUCUGUCAGAGGGCAUAAUGGGUGAUGAUGUCUCAAUGUGCUUUGUGGUGAUGAAGUCACAAGAAAGGUGAGCUGAUGAUGUCAUGGUGCAAGAGAAUGGAAGGUCGUUUAGAAUGCAGGAGAUGUGCAAUAAAAGACAAUGGCCAUAGAAAACAAGGAGAGUGAUGGUAUCACAAUAAAAGCGGUGCAAUGUCAGACCAGAAAAUGAAUCAAAGGUGAAUGUUCUCAGAGUAAAAGUGCGUGGACAAUGAUGUCACGAUGUGCAACGUUCAGCGCUAAAAACAACCUUCAUCCUCACCCCUCUCUUUUCCAGCCGUGCUCUGUGUAGCCACACUCCAAUCUGUUCAUCCAAACUGGGUCAAGAUUUUAAUGGUUUUUCUGACACGAGAAUUCCAGUCAGAUUAAAGAGGUCGCCUUAUGCAAUAAGCCAGGUGUCUGUGGCAGAUUUAGACAAAGUGACUACAGACAUGUUUUUAUUGCAGGCGGUUAAAUUUUUCCCCCACACAGCAUUGCAAGCUUUCUCUCAACCGAAGGCACACUAGAAUGGACAGUGGGGAAUGGACUCUUCUAAACUGCAGCAUGUUACUACCUAUACUAACCAACACAGUGACAGUUUGAAGAAGGAAAGGCGUAUGGUGUGUUCUGGCCUCUCUCUCUCUCGCUCUCUCUCGCACUCUCUUUCUCUUUCACUGAAAGGACUGUCUGACACUCCAGCACACCGACGAUGCAGAUCGAAGAGACCGUGUCUAACAUUAUGAAAAAAAGAAAAACAGCAGUGUGGGCUUUUCCCACAGUGCAUUUCUUAUUGUCUGUCUGUAAAUAAACCUGUUUCUGAGUGAA